AUGGAUCACGUUAAACUACUCGAAAAAGGCGAAUCAACAGAGACUCACGUCAAACCGCCCGAAGAAGUACUCAAGGACGGAGACUCUGGUAAAAAAAUGGAUCACGUCAAACUGCUCGAACAAUUACUCAAGGACGGAGCCGGCCGCUGGAGUGAUCUCGUCGGAGUCGACAACGACGCGUUUGAAAACAUUUCGCCCAAAUUGACCAGCGUUGUUGAAGACUACAUUCUGACUCCGGAUCGCGCUCCCCGGAUAAAUGAGGCUCUUGUCCUAGCAGAUCUUGUCGCCAUACCGGGAAAUGGGUUCGGUAUCGCAGUCUGUAGCUGCGUGACCGAUUGGUUGCUACGGAUAUUCUACGACUUUAGCACGGACUAUGGCGUUGGUGACCAAGUUAUGACGCGCAUGAUCUGGUUAGAAAUGAGAGUUUACGGUGAUCCUGUGCUAACCGAACCGUCCACUCUGUCGGACCAGUGUCGGAUGGUAGAAUUUGAGGUGACCAUUGCGGCCUAUUGGCACCACGUGCAGGCGGCAAGCCCCCGAACGCCGACAUUGAUCCCGCCGACAUUCUGGCGGUGUACAGAUUACCUUGCGUCCCCUUUUCACCCGAACUCGAUUGCUCGAUCUGCUAUGAUCACGCACUGGACGACCACUCUGGCGUGA